AUGUCACGCCAGCCGGAAAUUCUCGUUGAUUCCUUCGGCGCGUUUCCAGGAACCGCCGCGCUCAGCCAACCCUUCACAACCAGCCCAGCCCAUACAACUUUUUCACCAAAGAAACCCGAGAACAUUACCCACGAGUCCCCGCCAUCAACCUCACAAUCACCAUCACAAAAAUCUCAACCAUCUCAUAAAGGAUCCCCACCACAAACGGCGCUGCCGCCUUCAAAAAAAGGCAAGGAAAGACAAGUUGACUACUCAGACGACAAAUCCAAUGAAGGCAAUAGCCCAACCAACGACCGCAAUGAUGAUAUUCAACCAAGUCUUGAUCACCAGCCAACCACGCAAGGAUAUCCUUCGCGACACAGCAAAGCGAAUGAAGAGAACCUGAAAUCCCCUCACCAACGCAUUUGUACUAUGAGCCUCCAACCUUCAGGAACAUCUCAAGUAACAGCUAUCUCUUCUACUGUCCAAGCCAAUCUUUCCUCAUGA